AUGGCAACCUCCAACUCCUCUCACCGGCCCAUCAAGGGGAUCCUGAAGAACAAAAGCUCCACGGCCUCGUCGGUGGGAGCCUCGGGCCAGCAGUCCGGGGGUACCCUCCAGGGGGUGAAGAGGAAGAAGUCCCAGAAGUGGGACGAAUUGAACAUCCUGGCAACCUACCGCCCUGCAUACAGAGACUACGAUUUCAUGAAGAUGAACGAGCCCAGCACUCCCCAGCUCGGUCUGCAGGACAGGGAAGGAGGUUCAGCUAGUGAUUUGGAAACUGAAGAACCCAUGACCAUCGACAGCUUAGCUAAGAAGUUAGCCGCUAUUAAUACCUCGGACCGCAACUAUGAAGUGUGGGAGCCGCAGAGGGAUGGGGCGCACACCGGCAAACUCCUCCUGGACAAACAAGAGAAACAGCGGCAGUUCAAAAUGAAAAGGAAGCUUUACUACAGCGAAGGGCUGAACAUCAAAUUGGCCAGACAGCUGAUUUCCAAAGAUCUACAAUGGGAGAAGGCAGAGGAUGAAAACGAAGGAAGUCAGUAUGUCACCGUCCAAGACAAGACUACUGCCUCGAAAGCAUCAGGGGAAGGCCCCGCCAGCGAGGAUGAACCACAGAUCCAGUCAAUCUUCCACGUGUAGACAACGUUUGAUCGACGCUGCACUUGAGAUCCAAACCCUGUUACUAUAAUUCAUAGCUUCGUAUUCUGUAGAGCUCAUGCUUCAAGUACUGAAAUACUUACCAGUUAA